AUGGUUGGCUUCAACUUCAUGAAAAUCAAACAUUUCCUGUUUCCAAAUCCCCCCGUCCUCUUUUAUCUCUUAAUGCUCUCCAAUCUCUUCUCACUUGUAUUCCCUUUUACAAGUACCACAUCCUUCAACUUCUCCAGUUUCAAUGCUCAAGGUCCAAACAUAUCAUAUGAGAGAGCCUACACCGAAAGUGGAUGUAUCCAACUCACCGGUGAUAACAAGGUUGCCGUGGGUCAAGCUAAAUAUUCCAGUCCCAUGCAUCUAUGGGAUAAGGCCUCAACAAACCUCGCAGAUUUCACAACCCAUUUUUCUUUCAUCAUCAAUGCCAAAGGUAGAACUGAAUAUGGAGAUGGGCUUGCGUUCUUCCUAGUACCUGUUGCUUCACGUCUCAAUGAAACAUUUAGUGGUGAGGGCCUGGGUCUUACUUCCGCUGACCAGGCACUAAACUGGAGGAACAAUGAUUUUGUCGCAGUGGAGUUUGAUACCUAUAGUAAUAUUCCAUAUGAUCCGCCGGGCAAACAUGUUGGUAUUGACAUCAAGUCCAUGGGAUCUGUUGCUCAUGCGCCGUGGAAUAGUAAUAUCUCGAUUAGAGAAGGGAGAAAAAAUGAAGCUUGGAUUAGUUAUAAUUCUACCACUCAUAAUUUAAGUGUUGUCUUUACUGGUCUAGAUCAAAACAAUGUUACUGUGAGGCAGUUCCUUUCUUUUAAUGUUGACUUGAGAGUACACCUACCUGAAAAAGCCACUAUUGGAUUCUCAGCCUCAACAGGAUGGGUUGCUGAACUGCAUACCAUAUGCUCGUGGGAUUUCAGUUCCAGUUUGCAAAUUGAUGAUACCAAAACUAACCCAGGUGUUCCAUCUCCAAGCCCCAUUCAAACCCCCAAACCGAGGGAAAACAAUAAGUUAGGAUUAGCCGUGGGUUUGGGUGCUGGUGGAUUGUUUUUGUUUGCUGUGUUGGCUUUGGUUCUGUUGGUCUUGUGGAAGAGUAGGAGGGAUAAAGAAGAUGAUCGUGCCUUUGUUAAGUACAUGGACGGCGAAUUCCAAGAGGGAACAGGGCCAAAAAGGUUCUCAUUCAAGGAAUUAGCUCGUGCCACGAAUAAUUUUAGGGAUGAAAACAAGCUGGGCCAGGGAGGAUUUGGUGGUGUUUAUAAAGGAUUUUUAAGAGACUCAAAUAUCUUCGUUGCUAUUAAGAGGGUAUCAAAAGGAUCUAAACAGGGGAUAAAGGAGUAUGCUACAGAAGUAAAAAUCAUCAGUCGAUUGAGACAUAGGAAUUUGGUGCAACUCAUUGGUUGGUGCCACGAAAGAAAAGAACUCCUACUUGUUUAUGAGUUCAUGCCGAAUGGAAGCUUAGAUUCUCAUCUUUUUAAAGAAGAAAGCUUGUUGAUCUGGGAAGCAAGGUACAAAAUAGCUCAAGGCUUGGCAUCUUCCUUGCUUUACCUGCACGAAGGAUGGGAACAAUGUGUGGUGCAUAGGGACAUAAAAUCUAGCAACAUUAUGCUUGAUUCAAACUUCAAUGCUAAACUUGGGGAUUUUGGCCUAGCUAGGCUUGUCGACCAUGCCAAAGGGUCACAAACUACUGUUUUGGCUGGCACCUUUGGUUACCUGGCUCCUGAAUGUUUCAUCACUGGCAAGGCGAGUAAGGAAUCAGAUGUGUAUGGUUUUGGAAUUGUAGCUCUGGAAAUAGCUUGUGGAAGGAAACCAAGCAACCCUGGGGCCCCUGAAGAUCAAGUUGUCUUGGUGGAGUGGGUUUGGGAGCUUUAUGGAAAAGGAGAGGUGCUUGGAGUAGCUGACCCAAGGUUGGGUGGAGACUUUGAUCGGGAGCAAAUGGAGCGCUUGAUCGUUGUUGGGAUGUGGUGUGCUCACCCUGAUCGCAACCUUAGGCCUUCAAUUAGGCAAGCAAUUCAUGUUUUCAACUUUGAAGCUCCAUUGCCAGUUCUCCCUUCAAGUAUUCCCGAGCCAUCAUAUCUUCCUCCAAUAGUGAAUAGAUCUUCAAGGCCACUUUUGAAGUCCGAUGUUGCUACAAGUUCUGAGAGCGGAGAAACUCGAUAUUCAAUAUAUAGUCAGAAUGCUAAUUCCUCAUAGUUCACCUCAUCUUUUAUUGCAGAAUCAUCACUUCUGCAUUCGUGCUAAGUUGGUUAGAGGAGUUGAUAAUAGACUAUUUGGCAGCAUGUCUCUCGAUCUUCUUUCUCUUGAAGUUGCUAUUUGGUGGGAGAUAUACUGAUGGAAGAUCAUGCUACUGAUUUUGUAGCUCAUUUCUUGUAUUUUGUGUUUUGUAAUGUAAUGUAUAAAAACUAAAUAAUGUAAUAUGGUAUUGGAUUGCAUUGUGUGUUGUAUGCAUUUUAAGUAAUGAAUAUUGAAGAUU